AUGUUACCAGUUGGGACCAAAGAGCGUCGGCAGUUGCCAUAUGAGGCGAUGGAUCCGGACUGGGAGGCGCGUGAACGCGACAACUUUCGCACUGCGACGGGUGGAGCUCAGCGACAGGCCCCAUAUGGCGCGUAUCUGUUCGGGCGGUUGUUGCAGUCGGACUUGCACGAAAGCUGUCGACCGGCACUGCCCGCAAACGUGUCGACACUGAACAAUGUCACUAUCAAAGGCAUGUGCAUCUUACAGGUGGUCGACGCCGCAAACAUUGGCGCCAACUGCGAGCACCGGACGCAGGUUUCGACGGCGGGACCGACACGGACACUCAAACUGGGGCUCACAGACGGCCACCAACUGGUGUUUGGCUUUGAGUUCACUCCACUGCCACUCUUGAACGUCAACAUUGUGCGUGGCACCAAAGUCGUGGUCGAGAAUGUGCCCGUGAAGCACGGACUGCUGUUGCUGGCACCUGACAAUUGUCAACUACUGGAAGCAUCGGCAGAUACUGCGACACGCAGCAAGAAGCAAAGGCAGCAUCCAGCGGAGGCCAAUGGAGCGGGUGCUGGAGCGUACUCGGCAGCUCUCGUGACUUCGCAACAUGACACUGCACAAGUUCUCGCAAGUUUACCGGUAACAGUGAGUGGCGAACACGCAUCUAUAGUACGCUCAACUUCUUCUGCACGUCGUAUGAUCACGGACACAAGCAACGCGGGUACGAGCACCAUUCAACGUGCCUCCGAUCCGGCAGUGUUUGUGGAUGUGCCUCCCUCGGACGAAGACAUGGACAGUGACACGACCGAUCCCAUGGUAUCACACCUUUUCUACAGCCCAAACACCCCGAGGCAUUCCGUCGACUUUAAUGAUACAAAGGUGGCACAAGUCAGUAACGGAAACGCUUCCAUCAAGAAACGGCCUCGUUCACCGUCACUGGAACCAAAACUACAGAUCGGACCCUCAGUUCCGCAGCGCUCAGCACGGUCCGUGGAAGCAACGGCCGUCAAACUCGAACACCCCCCUACUGCGUCGCUGCAAGACCAAACAGCUUGCUUGCCUCUGGAUCUAGCGCGUCCGUUUCAGUACUUUCACGCAAAGCGAUUGACACUCUCUGCGCCGGCACUAUCGGCUCGAUUUCGAAUUCGAGCAUGCAUCAAGUCUGUCGUCGGCUUCCAAUUUAACACUGGACAGUACCAACUUCGAGUUGUCGUGGAAGACUGCACCGCCACGAAUGAAGCAGACGUGGCUGAAGGGUUCGUCACGCAGCUCAUGGGCGUACCGUGUUCGGAGUUUCAGCAAACUAUGAAGACAAAUGUGCAAGUUGCACACAAAUGGGCAGCGGCAAUGCAAUUUGCGCUCAUGAAUCUUGAGGGAGUCAUGACGUUUGAACACCGGGCAGCUGCACCCGCAUCCGAGCCAUUGCCACUCUUGCUUGUCGACUGCCGUGAUUUUCAGACUUGUGAAACGCGAGAGCUACUGCAGCGAGUGAGACAAGUGCUGUCAAGUGCUGCACAGCCACAGAAGUGA